ACUAAGGGCUUAACUUCGCUCAUUCAGAAUAACAAUGAUUCGAAGUCUAAUCUAAGAAUUUCUGACAUUUCUGAGUCAAGAAAACCGUUUGUCAAACAAUCCUUUUAUAGGUUUUUCCAGUUUGAGAAUAACACGCCAUCACGCCAUCUGAUUAUCAAUUCGAGGACAACGAUAAGAAAUUUAAAUCUUCCCCAUAAGACCCAGCUGCUCAUUCAAAACUGACUUCGCCUUUCGAGUAGUUGCACCACAUUUGACCAAUCAUCGAGUUUACUUCAUUUAUUGCUCACAAAAAUUUAAAAUCAGAAUGACCGAUAUAAAUUGGGGCUGGAAGAAUGAGCUGUACAGUGCCAAAUCACCACGGGAAGAACUGGCUUAUUACGAGAAGACAGCCAAAGACUAUGAGUUUGAGUUCAGGGGGAUGCUGAAGUACUGUGGGCCUGAGAUGUGCAUGCAGACUUUACUUGACUGCGAAACACAAUUGGAGUUCGUGGUGCCUCGAAACUGCAGAGUUUUGGACGUCGGAGCAGGCACAGGACUGAGUGGAGAAGCUUUAAUGAGAGAAGGCUUCAUCGGAAAAAUCGACGCACUUGAACCAUCAGACAAUAUGUUUUCACUGGCACAGGCAAAAGGAAUCUAUUCACAUCGUUAUAAUGACCUCAUUUUCCCAGAUACGGAGACAUCGGUUCCAUCAUGUUCUUAUGAUUUAGUAAUCUCAAUUGGAGUAUUCAACACGCGCUCAACCACAAGUGACUGCCUUUGGGAAGUUGUCAGAAUGGCAAAGCAUGGCGGAUACCUGUCUAUAUACUUCAAUAAAUUACACUGGGAUCAAGGCUGCUUCAAAGAACGACUGAUAGAACUAGUGGCGGCGAAACAAAUUCAAAUUCUAUCGCUCGAGUAUAAACCAUACUACGAGGAAAAUGAGGCGGUAUCGUUUGUACUGAAAAAAUUGUGAAAAAAAAACUUUACGAUAAGAACAAUGAACUUUUAUUGUAAGAUUUUGAAUGAUUUUGUUUGUAUAAAACCUGAUUUCAAAUGAAUAAAAUAAUUGUUGAUGAAUGAA